GCGCGAGCGGCGCUCAGGGAGGAGCGGAGCCGCAGCGGAGCCGCAGCUGCACUGCACAAAACAAGGGAGCGAAGAGGAGCGGCGUGAGCCCCGGCCCUGCUCUGCCCGGCGUGUUAUCAGUCAUUUGCUGUGUGCAGUCCCCCCCCCCAUCCAUCCAUCCCACCACCUCACCCAAACAAACAACCUGGUUAAACGGACCCGACGGGCAUCGGGAGGGAGCGGUUAUUGCCAGCGCGGCUGAGGGGGUUUUACGUCUGUCUCUGACCCACUGACUUGACAGUCGCCGCAUUGUACUGAGGUUUCCAAACUAACCCGCUCGUUGGAGAAAGAAAGAGAAGGGGAGAAAGAAAGAAGAGAGAGAGAGAGAGAGAGAGAGAGAAAAGAUCAGUUGGUGUGAUAUGAAGGAGGAAGAUGCUGCAGGUUGAGCGCUGCGGGAAGGUUGGGUGGACCCACAGAAGAUGUGUUAAGUCGGAACUGGUUGGUGUUUCUCACGGUGUAACAACAAGUAAACGCUUUGGAGGUAACUUCGUUUAAAACCAAAAAGCACACGAUUGGAAAGCUCACACCGGGGUGUGUGCGGGGGGUUUUUUUUUCCUGGACUGCAUUGGUCUGCGAGAGGAGAUUUUAAUUAUUGACAGAGGUUCGGGGCCGCAGCUUCAUGGGAGUGAGAAGAGAAAACGAGCGGUGUCUGGUGCCAGGAUCUCAACAGCUGGAGAAGAUCGGGGCUACUAAGCGUCACACAUUGCACUUGGAGAAAAGAGACAUGCCAGUGAAAAAACAAGAUACCCAACGAGCUUUAUUGCUUCUUCAGGAUUACUGCUCAAAACUAAAGAAGCCAGAAGAAACUCAACUUAAAACAGCAAUUGAAAGGGUGAUACGUAUCUUCAAAAGUGGACUGUUUCAAGCUUUGCUAGACAUCCAAGAAUUUUAUGAGGUCACACUGCUCAACACAAAUAAAAGCUUUGAGCAAAAGACUGCUGAAGUCAAUCAAGUGGUAGAGAAAUGGGAAGAGACAAACUCUUCUCCAUUGGUCCCCAGAAACUUGAGCAGCAGUCCAGGGUUAAGGCAUGUUCCCAACACAGAGACAUAUGGAGUACAGGUUGAACAAAAUGGAGGAUUGCAGCACUUUGAAAACCAUAUGGACUCUAGUGACACAGAGCCCGGAGGCACAGGACAAGACACGUUAGGAAGAGGGGAGGGAGAACUCAAUGUGGAGGAAGGAGAACUGCCGAUGAAAGUAUGGGAGCAAUGGGACAUUGCAGAGAAGUAUCAUUAUCAUAAUGAAGAUUCACUACCAGAAGACUACACCUUGCCACGGCUAACCAAUGAAAUUAAAGGCCCUGAGCUUGUCUACGUGUCUGAGAAGAAUUUAUCGCAGAUUGAGAAUGUCCACGGAUAUGUGUCACAUGCUCACAUUUCUCCACUAAAGGCAAGCCCAGCUCCUGUUAUUGUAAAUACAGAAGCACUGGAAACUGUCCCUUAUAUAUUCUUCAGAGAUACAAAUCUGCAACUGAAAGGGUCAAGCAGACAACCUACUCCCAGGCCAGUGCCAACGCUGCCUGAGAUUGGCUACUAUGAGGUCAAUGGAACGGAAAUAGAAUACGAAUUUGAAGAAAUCACAUUGGAAAGGGGUAAUUCGGGUUUAGGAUUUAGUAUUGCUGGAGGCAUAGACAACCCACACAUUGGAGAUGACCCUGGGAUAUUUAUUACCAAAAUUAUCCCUGGUGGAGCAGCAGCUGAAGAUGGACGACUCAGAGUCAAUGACUGCAUUCUACAAGUCAAUGAAGCGGAUGUUUCUGAAGUGUCCCACAGCAGAGCUGUAGAGGCCUUGAAAGAAGCUGGUUGCAUUGUACAACUAUAUGUACGUAGAAGAAGGCCGGUUUUGGAGACCAUAGUAGAAUUAAAACUUAUGAAAGGACCUAAAGGAUUAGGGUUCAGUAUUGCUGGAGGUGUGGGGAACCAGCACAUUCCAGGUGACAACAGCAUCUAUGUAACAAAAAUAAUUGAUGGAGGAGCAGCACAGAAAGAUGGGAGGUUGCAGGUUGGAGACAGACUCCUUAUGGUAAACAACUACAGUUUGGAAGAGGUAGCACACGAGGAGGCUGUAGCAGUGUUGAAAAACACAUCCGAUGUGGUCUAUAUUAAAGUUGCCAAACCUACUAGUGUUUACAUAAAUGACCCUUAUGGACCACCAGAUAUCACACAUCCUUAUUCCCCACCAAUGGAGAAUCACAUCAUCUCCCCAGGGAAUAAUGAAACACUCGAUUAUAAGAACUCACUGCCACGAAUCUCACCAGGAAGAUAUUCUCCUCUUCCAAAACAUAUGCUUGGAGAAGAUGACAUCAACAGGCCGCCUGAACCAGUUUACAGCACUGUGAACAAAAUGUGUGACACACCAGCUUCACCUAGCCACUAUUUCCCUGUUGAGUAUGAUAAAAGCUACCAUCAUUCCGCUAACUAUUCCCACUACUAUGUAGGCCUGGUUCCUGACAGUGAGCUCACCAGAGAGCCAAGAAAAAUUGUACUGCACAAGGGAUCCACUGGACUAGGUUUUAACAUUGUCGGGGGUGAAGAUGGUGAAGGAAUUUUUGUCUCAUUCAUCCUGGCAGGUGGGCCAGCUGAUCUCAGCGGGGAAUUGCGAAGAGGAGACCAAAUUUUAUCAGUUAAUGGCAUAGACCUCCGCACUGCAACUCAUGAACAGGCUGCAGCAGCUCUGAAGGGGGCAGGCCAGACUGUGACUAUCAUCGCUCAAUACCGACCUGAAGAGUACAGCCGUUUUGAGGCAAAAAUCCAUGAUUUGCGGGAACAGAUGAUGAAUCACAGUAUGAGUUCUGGGUCUGGAUCUCUAAGAACCAAUCAGAAACGCUCACUAUAUGUAAGAGCUCUGUUUGACUAUGACAAAACCAAGGAUAGUGGACUUCCAAGUCAAGGUCUUAGCUUCAAUUAUGGAGACAUAUUGCAUGUUAUCAACGCAUCUGAUGAUGAAUGGUGGCAAGCACGAAGAGUUACACCUGAAGGAGACAGUGAAGAGAUGGGCGUCAUACCAAGCAAAAGAAGAGUUGAAAGGAAAGAGCGAGCCAGACUUAAAACAGUGAAGUUCAAUGCCAAGCCUGGAGUGAUUGAUAUCAAAGGGUCAUUCAAUGACAAGCGUAAAAAGAACUUCAUCUUUUCACGAAAAUUCCCUUUCUACAAGAACAAGGACCACAGUGAGCAGGAAACCAGUGAUCCAGAACAACAUGUUACUUCUAAUGCCAGCGAUAGUGAAAGUAGCUACAGGGGUCAAGAAGACUGUAUUCUUUCAUAUGAACCAGUUACACGACAAGAGAUUAAUUACACUAGACCUGUAAUUAUUCUGGGCCCAAUGAAAGACAGAGUUAAUGAUGACCUGAUAUCAGAAUUCCCAGACAAAUUUGGCUCCUGCGUGCCUCAUACCACAAGACCCAAGCGUGACUAUGAAAUGGAUGGACGGGACUAUCACUUUGUUACCUGUAGGGAACAGAUGGAAAAAGAUAUCCAGGAGCACAAAUUUAUUGAAGCAGGACAAUACAAUGAAAAUCUAUAUGGGACUAGCGUCCAGUCUGUAAAAUAUGUGGCUGAAAGGGGGAAACAUUGCAUACUGGACGUGUCGGGUAAUGCUAUAAAACGGUUACAAAUUGCACAACUCUACCCUAUUGCUAUUUUUAUCAAGCCUGUUUCAGUGGAGUCAUUAAUGGAAAUGAAUAAACGCCUGACAGAGGAGCAAGCAAGAAAGACAUGUGAGAGAGCCAUGAAACUGGAGCAGGAAUUUGGGGAGCAUUUUACAGCAAUAGUACAAGGGGAAACCCUAGAAGAGAUUUACAACCAAUGCAAACUAGCCAUUGAAGAACAGUCUGGGCCGUACAUUUGGGUUCCUUCAAAGGAGAAAUUGUGAACCAGAUGGAGAUGU